AUGUCUCAACAAAAUGACGUUAUCAACCCGACAACAACAACAUCCACAGUGAUAAAUCAUCACAAUAAUAGGUUACAAUCUGAUAUCAUCAAUACAAAUCAAAAAACAGUAUCUCCAGCACCACCAUCACUACCAUCCCAAACAACAACAACAACAGUAACAAAUUCAAAUAUACCUUCUUCAACAAACUCUAUUGCUGAUCCUGAUGAAAUCCCUCUACCACCUCAUUGGGUUCGAAAAGUGGAUACCAAAGGUCGAGUGUAUUUCUGCAAUCUUUUGACCGAUGAAACGACAUGGAAUCUUGAUCAAAUCGAUCCACAAACUGGAAAUCUGAAUACAAUUUCUACCACACAGAGAAGUCGUGGUCCUACUUCCAACACCAAUGUGGCCAACCAAGAAAAUCAACCAUUAAGUUGGAAUCAAUUAUCCACUUUGAUUGCUCAUGCUAUUCAUGGUCUCAAGAAUUCUAUUAAGGAAGGUCAAACCUCACUAUUACGAGAUGAUGCUAUUAUGGUUGUUCAUCGUAUUCGUCUGAUGUUAUAUGUUUCCAAUACUGUUGACAAGGAAAGCUCUUCUCAUCUUAAAGCCAAUAAAUCAUUGCGUGUCUUCCAUCGGGCUCUUCUGGCUUCUUUGGCAAAAACAGUAUUAUCAACAAAAGCAGCUUCUGGUACUUGGUCACAAGAGGAUGCUUUACACAAACUUCAAAUGGAUGUCGAUCAACUUUUGGUGGAUGUAGGUAAUUUUUUAUCGGCUGCUCGAGAUUUACGACUAGAAAUAUACGAUGAUAAACCUCGACUAUUAUUACCCGAUCUCAAAACAUCCAUGUCAUCCAAUGGACAUCGAUGGCGUCUUGCUUCUUCUAAUAUGGAUAAUAUCAAUAAACCUGAUCCUUCUACUACUCUUUUGGUACUUGCCGACAAUAUUCGUGGUGCUAUGUCUUCUUUUAUGGAAAGUGUUCAUAGUGCUUUUUCCUCUUUGAAUGACCAAGUCUCUGUUCCUAACAAGGUGAAAACAACAGCUCCUCUCUUGGUGGCUCAAUUCCGAAAUUUAUCCAAUACGGCUAGUCAAUUUUUGAAUGCAGUGGAUGAUUUACCUUUUCUUCCUCAACAAGGUCGAUCAACUAGUAAGAAUAACAAAUCAACGCCAAAAGGAUAUCCGGCAAGACAAGCUAUCUAUAAUGCCAUGGGAUUAUUAUUUAUUGCUUCACAAACAAUUACAAAUGGUGAACUCACCAUUUCCAUGAUCAAGAUGACUUAUCGAAGAUUGGAAGACUGUAUUUAUGAAAUCGAAAAGAAUGUACAAACCAUUUGUCAAGAUGUUACCACAGCAACAGCAACAACAACAACAAAAACAACAAAGACAAUCAAUCAUAAUAAACCGUCAUCAUCAUCAUCAUCAACAACGCGUACUACUACUCGUGAUAUUACUCCCCCAACACCAGCUACACCUACGACUGCACAUCAUAAUGGAUCUUUAUUGAUGGGCAAUGAUAAACCAGAAUAUCUUUGUGCAGAUUACAAACAAAAUGAAAUCAUCUUUAAUAUGGAAGGCAAUGUGAAAGGUGGAACCGUAUUGGCUUUAGUCCAAAGAUUAACACAACAUGAUCAACUUGAUUCAAAAUUCAUCACUACAUUUUUAUUGACCUAUCGAUCAUUUUGUACAACGGAAGAAUUAUUUGAUGCAUUAUUUUCUCGAUAUACUUUACAAGCACCUGCUGGAUUGACCGAAGAAGAAUUGGAGAUUUGGAGUGAAAAGAAAUUGAAACUAGUACGAUUACGUGUAUUCAAUGUGAUCAAAUCAUGGCUUGAUUCGUACUACCUUGAAGAAGAAGAUCGAGGCAUGCUCCCAACGCUUUUGAACUUUAGUGAAACAGUAAUUCGAGAAUCGAUGCAAUUUGGUGCGGAACAACUAGGCAAGGCGAUUCAAAAACGGAUGGAUGCGGAAGAUUCUAGUCAAUUACGAAAGAUGACAUUGAAUGUACGAACAACGGAAAUGCCACCGGCAAUCUUACCCAAGAAUAUGAAACGAUUAAGGUUCCUUGAAAUUGAUCCUUUAGAAUUGGCUCGACAAUUAACGGUGAUGGAUUCAAAAUUAUAUAGUCGAAUUAAACCUGUAGAAUGUUUAGACAAGAAUUGGGGUCGUGCUGAUGCUCAACAUACAGCAGCUAAUGUCAAGGCAUCUAUUGAAUAUUCUAAUCAAGUGACAGCAUGGGUGACGGAUUCUAUUCUUAGUAAAGAAGAAUUAAAGAAACGGUCUGCAGUAGUUAAACAUUGGAUUUAUGUAGCUGAGAAAUGUCGUUUGUUACACAACUACAAUACAUGUAUGGCUAUUCUAUCGGCGUUUGACAAUAGUUCUGUGGGAAGAUUAAAACGUACUUGGGAAACAAUGAGCGCUAGGACGACGGCGAUAUUAACGGGGAUCCGACGACUGAUGGGAGCCAAUCGCAACUUUACGGAAUAUCGUGAUAUCAUUCAUAAAGUGAAUCCGCCCUGUAUUCCAUUUUUGGGGAUUUAUCUACAAGAUCUGACAUUUAUCGAAGAUGGAAAUAGUAAUUUUCUAAAAAAAUCUAACAAUCUGAUCAAUUUUGCCAAGAGAAUGAAAACUGGAGAAGUGAUUAGGGAAUUACAACAGUACCAAUCAACACCUUAUAUUUUACAAAUUGUACCUGAUAUUCAAGAAUUUAUCAAAACUCAUCUUCAAUCAAGUCGUGAUGAAGAAACUUUAUAUAAUCUAAGCUUGGCAGUAGAACCUAGAGAACGAGGUGAAGAUACUAUUGCUCGAAGAUUAAAGGAAUCUGGAUUAUAA